UAAGACGCUAUCAAACAUGGGGCGGCGUUUUCUCCUCGAAUGCACUUUUUCCCGAGUGAACUCGCGCAGUUAAGCGCGGACACUUUCAUGACAGUCCACUGUCACAAGUGGAUCGUGGCUUUCAUUUCGUGGAGAGAGCAGUGGCAGAGACUGAUGUCAUUCUUGAGUUGGACUUUUGAGUAAGGAGAGAGUAGCCUGAAGACCAGCUCUUCCGUCUUCGGUGGGCAGCUGCUCUUGUUUUGGUUUGGACUGAUUUAGAAUUGACCCCCCCGAGCUACUUUUUUUUAUCCUUCGGACACCAGACCCUUUUUGGGAAAUAAGCGGGGAUACGGUACGAUGUCAGUGGGGACUCAAGCUUUCAUUUCUCCUGGACAGAACUAAGGACUCCUGGUGAACCAAAGAUUCACUAUUUACAAAAAGAGAAAGUAGCAUGCUGAACGGGCUUCAUGUUGCCUGGCCAUAUGAUGAGCUAGCUGCUAGCAUAUAGCAGGAGACCUGCACCCUUCAUUUUCAUCCACAACAAGACUACCCCUGAACACAUUUAAAAUGAUCCCUUCUCUCUGGCUGGGUAUCUUUCUCCUCAUGCUGUCUGAUGGAACUGUGGCAAGACCUCUUGGUCCUGCUGUGGAUGGCAAGAUGUCAGGCGGCCCUGAGGAGCAGGCUGGGGAGUCCGUGGAGCGGCUGCUCCUGCUUCCCGGGGAGGUCCUCACACUGCGCUGCGAGAGCAACCUCACUGAGCCCGUACGCUGGUCGCGAGGGGGCGUCUGGGUGCGGCACGGGGGGCGGGUGCGUCUCCACGCCGCGGUGCUGGAGAUUUCGGACCUCUCCUACGAGGACUCGGGCGUGUAUAACUGCGCCCCGCGCAACGCCAGAGCCCCCCUGCGGUCCUUCGUCAUCACCAUCGUUGAUUCAUUCGGGUCAGGUAAUGAUGAAGACGAUGAUGAGGAAGGCGACGUUGAUGAUGAUGAUAUUGGUGACGAUGUGGAAACACAAAUGGAGGAAGGGCAGGUCCAUUUCAGCAGAGGGCCGUACUGGACGCACUCCCAGCGCAUGGAGAAGAAGCUGUACGCCGUUCCGGCCGGGAACACGGUGAAGUUCCGCUGCCCGGCUGCCGGCAGUCCCUCGCCCUCCAUACGCUGGCUGAGGAACGGGAGAGACUUCCGCGGGGAGCACCGUAUCGGUGGCAUCAAGCUGCGGCAGCAGCACUGGAGUCUGGUGAUGGAGAGCGUGGUGCCGUCGGAUCGGGGGAACUACACCUGCGUGGUGGAGAACAGGCACGGGGUGCUCACACACAGCUAUGUCCUGGAUGUGCUGGAGCGGUCUCCACACCGGCCCAUCCUGCAGGCGGGUCUGCCGGCCAACACCAGCGCGGUGCUGGGGACCGACGUGCGGCUGUACUGCAAGGUGUACAGCGACGCCCAGCCGCACAUACAGUGGCUCAAACACAUCGAGAAGAACGGGAGCUACUACGGGCCCGACGGCAUCCCCUACGUACAGAUCCUGAAGUCGGGCAGUCUGAACAUGUCAGAGCUGGAGGUUCUGUACCUGCCCAACGUCACCGCAGAGGAUGCUGGGGAGUACACCUGCCUGGCCGGAAACUCCAUCGGUUUCUCCCACCAGUCCGCCUGGCUCACUGUGCUGUCAGAGGAGAUGUUAUUGGACCCUGUGGGCCUCACGGAGACCAAGUACACUGACAUCAUCAUCUACACCUGUGGGGCCCUGGCUCUGGUGAUGGGGGUGGUCAUCGUGGUGCUCUGCCGCAUGCAGGCCACAGCCAGCAGGGAACCGUUUCCUGUUCCACCCGUGAAGAAGCUCUCCAAGUUCCCCCUGAACAGACAGUACUCUGUGGAGUCGGAGUCCUCGGGGAAGUCUAAUGCGUCGCUGGUGCGGGUGGCACGUCUCUCGUCUAGCUCCGCCCCUGCUCUGGCCGGAGUGGUGGAGAUGGAGCUGCCCUUUGACCCCGACUGGGAGUUCAACCGAGAGAGUCUGGUUCUGGGGAAGCGUCUUGGUGAAGGCUGUUUUGGUCAGGUGGUCAUGGCGGAGGCGUAUGGCCUGAAUAGAGCCCGUCCGGACGAGGUGACCACCGUGGCAGUGAAGAUGCUGAAGGACGAUGCCUCAGAUAAAGACCUUGCUGAUCUGGUCUCAGAGAUGGAGCUGAUGAAGGUGAUGGACAAACACAAGAACAUCAUCAACCUUCUCGGCGUUUGCACGCAGAAUGGCCCGCUGUACGUGCUGGUGGAGUUUGCCUCCAAGGGCAGUCUGCGGGAUUACCUGCGGACACGGCGACCACCGGGCAUGGACUACACCUUCGAUGUGACCAGGGCGCCCCCAGAACAGCUCACGUUCAAGGACCUGCUCUCCUGCGCCUACCAGGUGGCUCGGGGUAUGGAGUACCUGGCCUCUAAGAGGUGCAUCCACAGAGACUUGGCAGCGAGGAACGUCUUGGUGACGGAAGACAACGUGAUGAAGAUCGCCGACUUCGGCCUCGCUCGAGGGGUGCACCACAUCGACUACUACAAGAAAACCACCAAUGGCCGGCUCCCAGUAAAAUGGAUGGCACCAGAAGCCCUGUUUGACAGAGUGUACACACAUCAGAGCGACGUGUGGUCUUUCGGGGUGCUGAUGUGGGAGAUUUUCACGCUUGGAGGGUCACCAUACCCUGGAAUCCCAGUGGAGGAGCUUUUUAAACUGCUAAAGGAGGGACAUCGUAUGGACAAACCCUCCAACUGUCCCCAUGAACUCUACAUGAGGAUGAGGCAGUGCUGGCUGGCGGUUCCGACCCAGAGGCCCACCUUCAAGCAGCUGGUGGAGGAGCUGGACCGGAUGCUUUUGUCCGUGUCGGAUGACUACCUUGACCUGGCCACGCCUUUUGAACAGUAUCUGCCCUCCUGUGAGGAGACUUCCGGAUCCUGCUCCUCCGACAACGACUCUGUCUUCACCCACGAUGUGCCGGCCCCUUGCCCCGGUGUCCACGGCGACCAUCGGACCCAGGACAGGAGCUGAACGAACCUGAGGGCCCAUCGCUGAAGCUCACUGAAGAUGCCUCAAUCCGGCCUCGUGCCGGGUAGCUGGAUUUGAAAAACGAGACCGAUGUGAUUGGUAGAGGGCAGGACAUGGGCCGACGUGAUUGGUGGAAGGGAGCGCACAAACAAACAUGAUUGGCUGAGGGCAAGGCGUUCCGACACCACUAUAGAAUGUGGUAACUGCUGACCUGCCAAUGAUUUGCCUUUGCCCUCCCAACCCAAGUGAAAACCUUGCUGUCACCCAGCUUAGAACUCUUGGUUGUGAUGGGGGACAGAUCAGGUACGGGAGUAGGGGUCUGGUGUUCAAACCCAUGCAACAACGGAGAUGAAUCGGAACUGGAACUGGAAGACGGAGAUGAAGCUGAGAAAAUAUAUUUUGAUAUAUUAUCAUAAGGCCUUUACAUUAAAAUGGGUAUAAUAGUAAAAUAGGAAAGGCUUGUAGGAUUUGGAAAUCCAUGAAAUAUCAGGCAUGGCUGGCAGAACGUCUCUCCAAAUCUUCCAAAUUUAAAUGUAGAUAUAUAGAUUCCUUUAUGAUCCAGUAUUUAAAAAUGGCCUUAAAUCUCAGGAUACGUGCUGUUAAAUUUUCUAUCGUGGCCUGUAUAUACCUGUAUUUCUGUCUAUAUGUUAAGUUAAAAUAUUUUUAUGUAUAUAUCACAAAUAACAUUAAGAGACCUUACUUUUUAGUAAGUAAUGUGAACUGGCACAAUAUGAACGUAUUGCAAGAAUUCCAGUUUUUUUAGUCACUGCCAAGCAUCCAUAACUCAAUAUUUUUUAAUCAAUGAUUAUUUCCAAUAGUUGUUUAUACUCCUGAUGCCUUUAUCAUUUGAACUGAACAUUCAUUACAGAGCAGUGAGUGAACAGCCAUUUUAGAAACAACAUCAGCUCGACUGGAUUACCAGUUGGACAGCAUCUGAAUCUGAGCCCUUACUGGCUGAGUUUAAAUGUCUAUAAGGACAUACAGAGUCUGUGGAGCUAUAUAGGGCCUGUAGAGACUGAUUUUGGAUGUGUAUAUUGUAUAGGGACAGGUUCUGUCACAAAGUAUAGUCUACGGGGACAUGCUUUCUGUAGGGUCACAUAGUCUUUCUUUAAAACAAUGUUCCUUAAGUGUUUUAGGGUUAAAGAGAAUUAUUAUGGACAUAUCUAAUUUAUUUGACCUGUUUAUAUAAAAUAAAGUAUAAUUUAAAGUA